AUGAAGCUGGAUUUUGGGUGUUUUCUGCAGCACCUGUGUGUAGAUGAGCACUAUUUGUUGUCAGUAGGAAACACUGCAGCACUGGCAGAGUAUUUCCAGCUCAUUGAUGUUCAUUGAAAAAAUCACCUCUACACUUUGUGCAGGCGAUGCCUGAGAGCUCACUGCUCUCCUGAUCUUCAGUUUUAUUGCUUUCUCCGUGACAUGACUGACCUGAAUAAGGAUCAGAUCAUGCUGCUGUUCAACUCAAACCAUCUCAAAAAGCAGUUCAUCCAUCAGCACAUGGGACCUGCCUUUCAACUGCUGGACAUUGGCGUGGACACUACAAGGUUUCUCUUCAACCCCAUGAAAGAAGAACAUAGGAAGGUAUUUAAGUGCUUCGAUAUUUCUGGAGUUGAGCAACUGAACUACAGGGAAUUUGAGAUAUUUGAAAUUUUCUGCAUUGACAAACAAUAA